AUGUCUUUAGAUGUGGAUGCCAUUAUUGAUAAAUUGUUGGAAGCUCGUGUCUCAAAGCCAGGCAAGCAAGUCAAUCUAGCAGAAAAUGAUGUGAGGAAUCUUGCCAUGAGAAGUCGUGAGAUUCUCCUCGCGCAGCCCGCACUAUUGGAGCUAGAAGCCCCCAUUAAAAUAUGUGGGGAUAUCCACGGUCAGUAUUACGAUCUCAUCCGGCUAUUUGAAAACGGAGGAUUUCCUCCUACUGCUAAUUAUCUAUUUCUUGGAGAUUACGUAGACCGUGGGAAACAGGGAUUGGAAACUAUUUGUCUUGUGCUUGCCUUUAAGGUGAAGUUCCCUGAAAACUUCUUUGUACUCCGAGGUAACCAUGAAUGUGCGAGCAUUAACCGCAUUUACGGCUUUUUUGAUGAAUGCAAGCGACGCUACAACAUUCGUCUUUGGAAAGCCUUCACGGACACAUUUAAUUGUCUCCCUGUUGCUUGUAUUAUUGAUGAUAAGAUCUUCUGCUGCCACGGUGGUCUUUCCCCUGAACUUCAAACAAUGGAUCAAAUAAAGAAGAUUGGACGACCAUGUGAUGUUGCUGACACAGGCCUCAUUUGCGAUUUAUUGUGGUCAGACCCUGAAGAGGGCCUUUCCGGCUGGGGUGAGAAUGAUCGAGGCGUCUCCUUUACGUUCGGUCAAGAUAUCGUAGAAAAAUUUCUUCGGAAGCACGAAUUUGAUCUCAUUGUUCGUGCUCAUCAAGUAGUGGAAGACGGGUAUCAAUUUUUCGCGAAAAGACAAUUAAUAACAAUAUUUUCAGCACCAAAUUACUGUAAUGAGUUUGAUAACAGUGGUGCAGUGAUGUCAGUGGACGCAGACCUGCUUUGUUCAUUCCAGAUUCUCAAACCAGCGGUGAAGAAACCGAAGUUUUACCAAUAG